AAUUAUCCGUCGCCUCCGAUGCCACCGGCAGCCGCAGCGGCCGCGCCACCCUAUUCCAAUUCCACAAUUCCGCAAUUCCGCAAUUGGCAGCAAAGUGAAGGCAGCGGCUAUGAUCGCGGCGUCCGGCGGCGAUGCGCAAGUGACGGCGCAUCGUGUGUCUACGUUCGCAGAUCUGGGCGUUUGCUCGGAGCUGGUGAACGCGUGCGGCACCUUAGGAUGGAAGCAGCCAACAAAGAUCCAGAGCGAGGCCAUACCCUACGCUCUCAAAGGGAUGGACUUGAUCGCGCUGGCGCAGACGGGGUCGGGGAAGACGGCCGCUUUUGCGCUGCCGAUUCUGCAGGCGCUGCUUGAGCACCGCAGGCCUUUCUUCGCUUGCGUGCUUUCGCCAACGAGGGAGUUGGCAAUUCAAAUCGCUGAGCAGUUUGAGGCUCUGGGAUCGGCUAUUGGCUUAGUCUGCUCAGUGCUUGUUGGAGGUGUCGACCGGAUGCAGCAAGUGAUAUCCCUUGCGAGACAUCCCCAUAUCAUAGUUGCAACUCCUGGGCGUCUUUUGGACCACUUGACAGAUACAAAAGGUUUUAGCCUCAAUAAAAUUAAGUACUUGGUAUUGGAUGAAGCUGACGUGUUACUUGAUAUGGAGUUUGAGAAAUCUCUCAAUGACAUUCUAAAAGUUAUACCUAAGGAGCGAAGGACAUUCCUUUUUUCGGCAACAAUGACUGACAAGGUUAAGAAACUACAACGGGCUUGUCUCAGGAAUCCUGUUAAGCUCAAAGUAUCUUGCAAAUACUCUACAGUGGAUACUCUUAGAGAAGAGUUUUAUUUAGUUCCUGCUAAUGACAAGGAUUGCUGUCUUGUUUACGUUCUGAACAAGAUACCAGGGAGUAUGAUAAUGAUUUUUACAGAGACCUGUUACUCAUCACGUCUCCUUGCUCUCAUGCUAAGGAACCUUGGUUUUGAAGCUAUCUUUAUCAAUGGCAAAAUGAGUCAGGAUAAGAGAUUAGGAGCUUUGAAUAGAUUCAAAUCAAAAGGUUGCAAUAUCAUUACUUGCACAGACGUCGCAAGCCGCGGUCUUGACAUUCAAGGUGUUGAUGUGGUCAUUAAUUAUGAUAUUCCUAGUCUCAAGUCUUAUGUUCAUCGGGUGGGUAGGACUGCACGCGCAGGGCAAUCUGGAUACGCCCUAUCCUUGGUGAAUCAAUAUGAAGUCUUGCGGUUCAAGUACAUUGAGAAGCUCCUUGGCAAAGAGAUUAGCAAAUCUGAGGUAGAUGAGUGUGAACUCAAAAUUCUAAAAGAGUGUGUGUGCGACUCAAAGAGAAUUGCAUUAAAGGUGAAGGGUGAUGGUUGCAAGAGGCCAAGAAGCAUGCAAGAUGAUGAAGAUGGGAUGGAAGGUCAUGAUCCCUUUUGUUCCAGGAGAUCAUCAGGCAUGUCCAUAAACAGAUCCCGGAGACGGUGAUAUUUCUCUACUUCUGGGUGACUGACUCCUAGAACAGAUUGGAAGGACGACCUUUUUCACCUGUUGCACCGUAGUAGGCAGUGACAUGUAUUGCUGUAGGCAGUAGGCUUGAGUUCACGCGUUGAAUGCUCGGACCUGGAUUUGUAUGUACUUGGGAAUUGGGAUGAGCUUCCUGGGAUGCAACUGAAUCAGAUACGUCGGGUGUUGAUAUCUAUAAUAUUUAUCCCAUAUGCGUAUCA